CCGCCCGUUAAUGCCCGCAGAAAUAUGCAUUUUUUCUAGCCUGCACACUUAUCACCCAACACUGGGCAGUUUUCCCCCCUCUUUCUCCUCUGCUCUCUCUACCUCUUGCAACACCAAACUCUCUUUCCUAUUUUAUUAUUCUCUUCCUACAAAAUAACCCCUUCAAAAUACAAUGUCGGCGAAUGAUAACCAGACCUAUGUCGGCUUCGACACAAUUACUCAGCAGAUGGAGCGCAAGUUCCUGAAGCGCGGGUUCAAUUUCAACGUUAUUCUCGUGGGCGAGUCGGGCAUGGGCAAGUCGACGUUGGUGAACAGCAUUUUCUCGAGCCACCUGGUUGACUCGCAGGGACGGCGCACGGCGCAGGAGGUGAUCCGCAAGACAACCGAGAUCUCGCCUGUGACGCAGACGCUGGAGGAGAACGGCGUGCGGGUCAAGCUGACGAUCAUUGACACGCCUGGGUUUGGCGACCAGUGCAACAACGAGGGCUGCUGGGUCCCUGUGAUCAAGUACAUCAAGGACCAGCAUGCGGCGUACCUGGAGCGCGAGCUGAAGCCGCAGCGCGACCGCGUCAUCAGCGACACCCGCGUGCACGCCUGCCUGUACUUUUUGAACCCGGGCAACCGCGGCCUGCGCCCGCUGGAUGUCGAGGUGCUGAAGCGCCUGACUGAGGUCACCAACGUGAUCCCGGUCAUUGCCAAGUCUGACUCGAUGACCGUCGACGAGCGCACUGUCUUCAAGCGCCGCAUCAAAGAGGAGCUUGCCUUCCACCGCAUCUCCGUGUACCCGUAUGCCAGCGAUGAGGACGACGAUGAGGACCGCGCGCUGAACGCCAGCAUCAAGGAGCUGGUGCCGUUCGCUGUUGUCGGAUCCGAGGAGAUCAUUGAGAUCGAUGGCAAGUCCAUCCGCGGGCGCCGCCACGGCUGGGGCGUCAUCAACAUCUUCGACGAGGGCCACAGCGACUUUGUCCACCUGCGCAACUUUUUGCUGCGCACCCACCUGUCGGACCUGGUCGAGGUCACUGCACAGCGCCACUAUGAGCAGUUCAGAACCUCCCAGCUCAGGCAGAUCAAGGAGAUGCGCGCCCAGCAGGCCGCUGCUGCCGCCGCUGGCCAGUCGGGCAUGCCCGCUCCCAGCGUCCCGCUCCCUCACCAGCCCACCAUGGCCCAGGCGUAGAUGCCCCCUUUCCUCUUCUUUUCCCGCCUAUUCUCUCCGCACUUGAUCUCCUUCCAUGUCUCUCCAAUGCCCCCCGCCUUUCCCCGUGUGCAUCUGCUCCACUGAUGUAGUGCAGAGGGAAGCGAUGGCGGGGGCUGGAGAGGGCUACUAUCCAUUUCUUCAUUCUUCAAACACUAAUAAACACACUUUUAGUCCU